GUUUGCGAUGCGCCAAUGAAGCCAGAGAAGAAGAAAGAGGAACUUCCGCUGCUGUUUCCGUCGGACACGGCUUCAAAAAAUCUCCCGCCGGAAGCCGAACCGGAGAAACUUCACGCUUCUCUUCUGACUGCAGGGUUAAAUUCACUGUCACGAGUCAGAAUGAAGUUUCGAGGGAAAAUCAUAGACAUCGCGUGUCUGAACCAUUUCAGCCGAGUCAUCACCACCAUCUCGAAGCUGACGAAGAUGUGCGUCCUGCGACUGACUCCAGACAACCUGUUCUUCGUCCUGUCGGGUAAAGUGGCCAACGGAGGGGUCAGCAUGUGGUGUGAGCUGUCACAGGCCAACUUCUUCGAUGAGUACCAGAUGGAGGGCGUGUCCUCUGAGGACAACGAGAUUUGUCUGGAGGUGACUCCGGAGAACCUGUCCAGAGCCCUGAAGACGGUCCAGAACGCCAAGGCCGUCAAAGUGAAACUGACCAAGAAGCACUGCCCCUGCCUGACCAUCGCAGCCGAGCUGCCCACCCUGUCCAGCGUCAGUCGAGUCGUCACUCACGACGUCCCGGUUGACGUCAUCCCCCGGAGACUCUGGCACGAAUUCAAAGAACCGAGCAUGCCGGACUUCGAUGUCAGUAUCUACCUGCCUCCUCUGAAGACAAUGAAGAACGUCGUGGACAGAAUGAAGAACCUCUCCAACUUCCUGGUAAUGGAGGCCAACCUGAACGGAGAGAUGAACCUGAAGAUCGAGACAGAUCUGGUUUCUGUCACCACUCACUUCAAAGACCUGGGAAACCCUCCGUGGGGUGAUGACGCCUCACAGGACGGUGGUCCGUCUCAGAGCCGGGACCCAGAGGCCAUGGCUCAGGCCAGAGUGGACAUCAGGAAGCUGCAGCAGUUCCUCAUGGGACAGCAGGUCAACCCCAGCAAGGCCAUGUGCAACAUCGUUCAUGAGAGGGUGCUCCACCUGAUUCUGCUGCAUGAAGACGUGUCUCUGCAGUAUUUUAUCCCCGCUGUGGCGUAGACGCUCUGCUGACCGCUCAAACUAUUUCUGCUAUUGAGUUUGGAGAAAU